CGUGUGCGUCAUUCUUUUUUCCGAACUCUAUUUCGGAAGCAUCACUGUUCUGAUUAUCCUGACAUUUUCAUCAAAUGGAUUUUUGAUUUUAUCCCAUUCAGAAGGUUUAGAGUUGCACCAUGUCUGUGACAAUAAGAUCAAAACAGAAACUAUAGAAUUCUUUUUUUAUGACCAGAAUUCAAUCUACACCCACACAAAUAUAAAUGUACACAAUAAGUUCGAUCUCCCACAGUGGGGAAAUAGCUGACAGUGUGUUGUAGUGGGUUGGAGAAAAAGCAUGCAGCUCUGUUUUUUUUUCACUUUAUUUGCAGGUUGUGGUGUUUCUACAGCAGUGUGUAUUCUAUUGGUCAUGCUGCAUAAUAGUGAGGUCGUGCAUUGUAAUGCAGCUCACUGGGGGACUUUGUCUUUGUUAACAGCAUGGAAUGUCCCAGUUGGACAACAGUAGCAGGACAGCUGGUCACUGCUCAUCUCCUUUGCACUGGAACAGUCCGUCCAGCUCUUUGAGAAACACUUCAAACCGUGCAGUCUGGAUGCACCAGAGGAGACCAGGGAAAGGAUGGUGGAAGACAGACCAGACUAGCUGGUUGGAGUUGCAUCAGAUGCUUGUCUGUGUUGACUUGAAGGACUGAAAGCACGACCAUGAGCUCCCUUGUCAGCACACAUGUGUCGAGAACAGUUGGAGGUGAUGAAAAUGAGGAUGUUGGUCGAGAGAACAGCAACAGUAAUAUGGAGUGUGAGACUUGGGAGAUGAGUGGAGCUCCAGCCGGAGAAGGGAGGUCCAGCAGGGUGGAGCGGCUCGUGAGACCGCCACUGCCAGGGAGGAAAGCACUUAAGAAAACUGGCAGCAAGGAUGCAAAAGAUAGAAAGAGAGGCUGUGGGAAAGAAGGGCAAAGACAAAGAAUGCAAUGUGCAGAAGACAAAGGUGGGCGCAGCCACAGAAAUCAUCCAAAAAGAGCUGACACAGAGGAAUGUGGAGCCUGGGACAGAGAAGGGAGAUAUGGUCUAGAACACCUGUCAAGCAGUAAUUCUGACUCUCAGUUAAACAUCAAGGAGAAUGCAAGAAAAGUGAACAACUUGGCCGGCUGCUCCCAGACCAGCACUGCUUGUAUGAACCCAACAACUCUUCAGCCAGGUAGGAGGUCUGCAUCUCCUGACUUCCCCCCUCAUAGAUCUUCAGCUCUGUCACUCCAGGAACUACCCAGGACAUCUGCUGGAGAACUACAUCACCAUCCACCCAGUCCAUCCACAGAGUCAGAUCCAUUCUGGAUGGAAGUGAGAAAUGGAUCAGGGUGGUUCUCACAGAACCAUCACACUCAAACAUAUGUCUCUGAUCUUCCAAACUCAGAGGCAGGUGAGGAAGAGCAGCAGGAGGAAGAGGAACAAGAAGGAGGUGAGAAUGGUAGCAGAGGUGUGGUGGAGGAGAUGCUGAGCCAAACCCUGAACCAUACAGUGGUGCUGCCUCUCACAUGUUUUGGAGAGAGGACGAUGAGUAAACAAGAAAAAAACAGACUGAAGUGUUUGAGAAGACGACAGAGGAGAAAAGAGAGGUGGAGACAAAACCAGCAUCAGGAGAGCACACAGAGCUCAACAGAGAACCCAUCCAGCAGCAGUGAGAGUGACGAUGAUGUAAGUACUGCUGAUAGAGACGGGUACAUCUGUGCGGUGUGUUUGGACAUAUACUUCAGCCCUUACAUGUGCCAACCUUGUAAUCAUGUUUUCUGUGAGCCCUGUCUGAGGACCCUGGCUAAAAACAAUCCCACCAAUACCCCUUGCCCCCUCUGCAGAACAACCAUCACACAUGUGUUCUUCCAGAAGGAUCUAAACCAAACAACAAGGACAUUCUUCCCAAAGGAAUACCUGUCUCGGAAACAGAACUUCCAGAAAGCAAGUUGUGCAAAGUGGCCUCUGCCAAGCUGCAGAAAACUAUUCCGCAUUUUUGGAGGCUUCUCGCGGCAGCCGAAUCCCAUCGCCAGGCACCAGUUCCCCCACAGAGCCGGGCACCAUCUGGAUGCUUUGGACUAUGACGAUGACACGCGGGGCUGGCGUUUUGACAUGGACACGGCCAUCAUCUACAUCUACUCAGUCAACUGGGUCAUCGGCUUCCUUAUAUUCUGCAUCCUCUGCUACCUCCUCUUCCCUUCAUUUUGAUGGCUGAGACUGCGUUGGAAAUAUUCUGACAGAAGUAUUGAAGCAAACUCUUUUCUGAAGAUAAAGUAAGAAGUAAAAGAUAAAGCAGAGGAUGUAGGUAUACAUACAGUGAGGAAGGAUAAAAACUUGAAUGACAAGCUAGCAGGUUAGCCGGGUUAUAGUGAAGGGAGAGUGUGCAAGCCUGUUGUCUUUAUAAAAU